GUUCAGCCUUUCCUCGGGGGGAGGGAGACUUGUCGGCUUUAGUUGCUGUGCCACAUCACAACACAUCGGUGAUAGCUGUGUAAACAGGGCCUGUGGCCAUGGCUAAAGACCCGUUGGCAGUGGCUGGCAUUUAUUUUGAUGAACUCAAUAAGCUCAGGGUACUGGAGCCUGAUGUAGGCCAGAAGACCUCAGAGCUGAAGGAGGAGUGUAAAGAAUUUGUGGACAAAAUUGGCCAGUUUCAGAAGAUAGUUGGAGGUCUGAUAGAACUGGUUGAUGAACUGGCAAAAGAAGCAGAAACAGAAAAGAUGAAGGCGAUAGGAGCCAGAAACCUGCUGAAGUCAGUAGCAAAGCAAAGGGAGGCUCAACAGCAGCAGCUUCAGGCACUCAUUGCAGAAAAAAAGAUGCAACUGGAGAGGUAUCGUAUCGAGUAUGAAGCCUUGUCCAAGGUUGAGUCGGAGCAGAACGAGUUCAUUGACCAGUUUAUUCUGCAGAAGUGACGAUGUGACUGAGACCUUGUUCAGACCUGCUAUUACCAUUCUCCUUGGGUGAUCCAAUCACAAGUGGUCCACUCAAACCACAUCAGAGGUGGUCUUGGACGCACGCACAUUUCCAAAUUCCAAAUGCAUUUUCCUCUGCUGAUGUCGUCUCCCACUACUGUUUCAGAUCGACGCAAACAUAUUUAUACGCUUCUAAGUGUCACUACGAUUUGGUUCAUACUACCAUCACAAUUUUAACAUUGACCACCGCAUAAUGACUGACUUUUCAUAAAUUAGUAAAGUAUUUCUUCACAGCUGCACUAUAUUCUCUCUCUCACAUUCAGGACAGAUUUUAAUACCAGGUGUGAGCAGGGCCUGAGAGAGAUGAAGGUGUGUGACCCCAGUGCCUGUCCUUUUGUCUGGGUGAUACUGACCUCAGAGAACUACUCUGCUGCACCUCCCUUCUUCUGAGGCAACCCCUAAGCUCCACCUUUAUCCUAAAACACCAAUACCUUUUCUUACACCGUAUCUCUGCCUGUGUGCUUAAAUCAACUGUAGUGAUUCUUACCCUGGUCAACAGCUGAGGAUUUCCAGUAGUGUAAGCUUGAAUACACUUAACAUUAAGCUUUUUUCACACCAAAUAUCUCUACAUCUCAGACCAACAUUAAAGAUGAAGCCAUUUAUAUUAAGAACUAUUAUUUAUAAUAUUUAUACUGAAGAAUUACCCUAAAUAUUUAGUUGUAUUACUUUUUGUAUCAAUCCAAAUACUGCAUGUGCAUGAAUUUGUAAAUACACAUUUUUUUUUUAAAAUGGAAAAACCUAAUUUGAUAAUUGUGUUAUUUUCGUUUUAAUUUCAUUCUUCUGGUAGAACCAGUCUGUGGGUACAAAACAUGACGAAUAGAUCCUCCUCUUCUUUCUGCCAUGUGUAGUAUUGUCUUUUAUUCAUUGUAAGACUAAUGGAUAUACUUGAAUAAAUACUGUCAAUUGCACAAAAAGUUCAAUGUGUUGCUGUA